CGAACGGCGAAGAAACAGGGUCAGCUGAAAGAAUAAUCAUCCUCCUUUGCUUUUGUAGUCUUUUUGCUUGUUUCUCUAACCUCCUCAUGACUAUUAUCUACACUCACUUCGCUCUUCCGCCCUGCUGAGACUACCUUCUGCCGGUGCCCUUCGCCUAUCCGACGGUUGCCACAAAUUCCCCCAAGACGAUUUGCCGGUGACUCAACGACCCCUCUGAGGACGAACCCCGCGGAACGUGGGUUCUCACCUCGGUCAUCUCGACUUCUCCUCACUGUCCCACACUCUUCACCUGUUCAACCCAUUCUCCGCCUUACUAUCUUAUUCAACCCCUUCCAAAGUCUUCUCGCAGGUCGUAUCACGAUCAUCAACUAGCGUGAAGGCCCCGCCGCACCCUUUAACAUUCCGGUGCCGCUUGCAUCGCGUCGCGAAAAUACCACGACCUCCUUGGCCUUCACAUCCUCCUUCUCACCACAGCCACAACACGACUGACUCCGAGAGGACUCUCUCCCCUCUACCCGUCCCAUCUCCGACGCGAUCUACCGCUUCAAUCGCUUCUGUGUCCACCCUCCGAGCGAAAAAUCACUCGGAUCACAAGAGGAAAGACCUCGUCGAAACCAACCCACCGAAACAAAACGACACCCGCACACCAUGUAUUCGCACACUAUUCUUGCUGAGGGCUGCCUCGUCAAGUUCCCUUAAGCGAUCACACGAUCACCGUGUGCCUUUCACCAUGGAUCUCUCUCCGUGCAAUCGAGGCUUUCCUCGCCACUCCAUUUACUCAAUCUAUAACUAAAUUCCAAACAUUCCUCUCCCGAUUGCGACGAACCUGGCUAUAGCUGGACUCGAAACUUGCCAGGAAACUUCGUCGUUUCACUACUUCGCAGACCAAUCAGCGCCCAAGAUGGCCGCCACUCACGCCUCCCACCGAGAGUCAUGGGAUUCUCUUUCCUCCACCUUCGCCCACCUUGAAGUGUCCCUCUCCCAGGACAGUUGCUACGGUUCUGACGAGGUGUCUGUCUCAUCCAACAAUCCUGCUCCCCUGCAGUCCAGUGUCGAGACCUGUAUCGACAAGCGCGCCACCACUAUCCACCCGUUCUUGAAGUCGAUCCUGAAAAACUCCACUUCCGACAUACGCGAUGAAGUCGAUGAUACUGAGUCUGAGUCCGGAUACGGCUCCGAUGAUAUUGAGUUCGAUUACGAUGCCCUCUCAGAGGAUGAUGAAGAUGAGGACGAUGAUGACGACAUGUCCGAUUUUUCUAUCUGGGAGGAGACAUUAGCCGAUGUCCCUGAGACCCGGGAAGACCGUACCGACACUUUUGAUGAUGUUUUCAUCAGUUUCGAGUCCGAGUCCUCCGUUCGGUUUGCUGCCGACAUCGAAUACAUUGACAAUCCCGGUCUCGAAGAGUACGACGAACCCUCUGAUAGUCAGAUGACAUGCCAUGAGAUGAUGAUGCUCGCCCUUCAAUCCGGGUCCGCGAACUCUUCGUUCCAUUCCGAGGAAGAUAGUGACGAUGAGGACCACCCCCACCACGAGUUUAUCCGCACUUGUACCAAUCAUCCCGAAGACUUUACUCGCGAUGCAGUUGAUGUCGAUCGCCAGCUAUUCGUUGCGUACAUGAACGGCAUUCACGGAAUUGCCGACGCCAAGUACAAAACAUACAUUCACACCCAGGCAGACAACAUCAGACUUGGUCACGAAACCGAGUCUAUGCAUCCAGACGACGCACCUUGCAUGUAUCUGGAUUCGAUUCAGAAUCAUGUUAUUGGAGUCUUCCGUAACCUCCUCUCCGUGGCUGAGCUGGACGACCUCGUCGGACUCCGCAAGCAAGAGGUCGCCGCCGAUCAGACCGGCUCCAAGUCUGUCGGCCUGACCCAAAAUCAUCAUCAAGUCCUUCUGGACAAGGUCGAACACUUCCUCCUUGAUCGUCUGGCCAACGGUCGAGUCGACGUCUGUCCUGACGAGAUGAGCUUCCUUGCCGGUGGAAUCGUGCAAGCACUCGGUACGCAGGACCUUCCUGCCUCUACCUAGACCCCAUUCAGCUCAGGGUCUUGCAAAAAAACAAACAAACAGAGCUACGAGUUUACGAUUAUGAAAAUGGGUUAUUUCGGAAUUCGCCACGGGCGAACGUGUCUUCAAUGGUUCACAACAACCAUGAAAAGGAAAAGUAUUCGGGUUUUGAAAACAGAAAACAGCGCGGGCCAUGGUUUUACACCAUGUACUUUGCCUAGCUAGCACUUGAAAUUUCUAAGAAUCUUCAACUUCACCUGAUGGUUUCAGUAGUGUCGUAAGAGGACAAGGUCUCCAGACCCAGUAACCCCGUGGAAAUUGUCAGACGAAAUGCCGGUAUCAGUCAGGACACUGAAUUCUUACUUCUUCCACCAGGAUCCCCG